UCCGUUCACAUAAAUAGAAAGCAAAGAGAAGGGUCUCUACAGUCAGAAAAGUCCAUCAGCUUAGCCUACACCUGACCAGUACAAACCGGCAAAAAUGUUUUAUUACAAAUUAUUUAGUAGAUUAUGGCUGGUAGUGUGUUUACUGCAUGCGGAACUGAUAACCUCAGCAGACUGUGAGCCAACGGAUCAUUCACGAGACCAAGGUAUAAGUAAUGCAGAAAUCGCAGAUGUUGAAGCCAAAGAACUUAUUGAUAACCUCAUCAAAUCCAAAAAGGAAUAUAGCUCCGACGAUGAUGAAUUAUUCCAAUUCAAUGAAGAAGACAAACGGGGCUUAUUCCCAACUGGAGGAAUGGAUCCCUUGGGGGCGUCGUAUUUUACGGGGAAGCGAGGAGUAGAUGAAAACGAAGAAGAGCCAGACAAACGAGGUUUUCCAAAUGGUCGCCUGGACACGCUAGGCAGUAGAUAUUUUAACGGAAAGCGAGCUUUCCCUAAUACUGGCGGUCUAGACACAUUAGGAAAUAGAUAUUUUAAUGGGAAACGUGGACUAUAUCCAAGCAGUGGUAAUAUGGAUACCCUAGGAAGUGGAUAUUUCACCGGAAAGAGAGGUUUCCCGAGCAGUGGUGGAAUUGACACACUGGGAAGCAGAUAUUUCAAUGGAAAAAGAAUGUUUCCGAGUAGUGGUGGAAUGGAUACGCUAGGAAAUGGUUAUUUCACCGGAAAGAGAGGUUUCCCAAGCAGUGGGGGAAUUGACACACUGGGAAGUGGAUAUUUCAGUGGCAAAAGAAUGUUCCCGAGUAGUGGUGGAAUGGAUACUCUAGGAAAUGGUUAUUUCACCGGAAAGAGAGGUUUCCCGAGCAGUGGGGGAAUUGACACACUGGGAAGUGGAUAUUUCAGUGGAAAAAGAAUGUUCCCGAGUAGUGGUGGAAUGGAUACGCUAGGAAAUGGAUAUUUCACCGGCAAGAGAGCUUUCCCGAGCUCCGGCAAUCUGGAUACGCUUGGAAACCGAUACUUCAAUGGAAAACGAGGAUUUCCAAGUAGCGGACGAAUAGACACACUUGGAAGUAGUUAUUUUACUGGAAAACGAUCCAUAUUUGAUCAAUAUAAUACCGACAGCCUUCAUGGUUUUAAGAAAGGAUCGUCGUUUUUGCACGGGGGUCUUUCGUCUGGCAUGGAUAAUCAUAUUCCAGGCUUUAAAAAACGGGCACUCCCUUCCGAAGACAUGAAAUCCGAAUAGAUUGGCUGAACAUAAAUAAAAGAACCUUGAACAUAAUCAUCAACUGGUGUAUGAAUCAUUUCAACUUACUACCACUCACAUUAAAAGGAGAAUGAACAUUUAUUCAAAAAAAAUAGACGCUAUUAUACUUAUAUUUUCAAAUGAACCUUUCUUCUAAUAUGUUGACGUCUCGAUAAAAUAAAUAGUUUAAUAUUAAAAGAUGGCAAAAUAUAAAAGGGGGUGGGUUUGAUUAAUUUUAUUUUGUAAAAUAUCUUAUGUUGGUAUGGUGAACAAAUUUUUAACCAGUGGUAGACUGUUUAAUUUGUUGGGUGAUUGAUAGAUAGAUUGAUUGAUUAAUUGAUUGAUGAAAGGAUUGAUUUGAUUGAUUUAAUUGUUUCUUGAUUGAUUGUUUGGUCGGUUGAUUGAAUUAUUGAUUGUUUGAUCGAUCGAAUGAUUGAACGGAUCAAAUAUUCAUUGAUUUAUUUAUUUAUUCAUUCAUUCAGUCAAUGAUUAAUUUAAAUUGAUUGACAUAUAAAUGACUGAAUAACUGAUUAAUUGAUUGACGACACACUUAGUAACAUCUAUAAUAAAUAUGUAAAAUAUAUUUGCCUUAAUCCCAAUAGAGUUAAUUAACAAUAAUCAAAACAACGCUAUACAAGACAUUAUAUAGAUAUAAAUAUAUUUUCUCAAUAAAUGAAUUGACUCUGAUUUGUUGUCGUUGAAACGCUGGAUCCUAGGUGUCAUUUGUCCUAAGUAAAGUCAUUCGAGGUAAUUUUAUUGUUAUCUUCCUGUAAAAUAAAAUCAAUAAAUUUGUGUGAUGUAAACAUGA